CGUUCCGUUCCGUCUUCUCUGGAAUGUACGCUUGCGCCUUGACUAUUCACGCCAGUUAUCUCUGUUUGUGUAUAAAUGAAGAAAUCCCCACCUCCCCCAAGUAACCUCUUCCCUUCCUUCCUCGCCUUAGCAAUUAGCAUACGCCAGCCAGCAGUAGUAUAUAAAUACGAUCCCAAUCUUCACAUCUCAAAAACCCUCUUCUCAUCUUAAAUAGGAAAAAGAAAAGAAAGGAAGGUCUCGUAUGCUUAUCUUUUGCACAAGGAAUACUGAUUAAUAUAUCAUGAGCAACGUUCCAAGGUCUUUAACAGACUGUUCGUUAACCCUUUUCAAACUCGCCAUUUCGGCCUCCGAUCCUUGGCCUUUUUCUCUUGUUUUCUUGUAACGUUUGGUAUAUACUGCUUCAGCAAAAGCCAAGAAAAGCGAAGAAAACUACAGCAGGAAAAGCUCGCCGGGCCGGUGAAGUUGAUCGCCUUGGUUGGUUUAUUGCAAGUAUGGUUGGUGGAGAUAAGAAUCAUCCGCAUCUGAAUUUUCAUAUUCAUGUGCCACACAUCCAUUUUCACCACCACGGGAGGAAAGAUCUGAGAGACAUACCGAAGGGGUGCUUAGCAAUUUUGGUGGGCCACGAAGGAGAGGAGCAGCAGAGGUUCAUCAUACCGGUGAUCUACAUCAACCACCCGCUCUUCAUGCAGUUGUUGAAAGAAGCCGAGGAAGAGUACGGUUUUGACCACAAAGGCCCUCUCAAUAUUCCUUGUCAUGUUGAGGAAUUCCGUCAUGUUCAGGGUAUUAUCGACAAGGAAAGCUCCCACCACCACCACCACCACCACCACAACCAGCACUGGUGUUUCAAGGCUUGAAUUAUGGAUCUUUGCUACGCAUUUUAUUUUAUUUAUUGACUAGGUUCUCCGAACAAAAGAGUAAAAGAAUGUUGACGUGUCGGUGUAAAUUUCUGGUUUUGAAUUUUGUUUGUCAUUUUUUUCUUAAAAAAAUUUGGUCCCGCUUUUAUUUGUCUAGUCAUUUGCCAUUUUUCCCAUCCACAACACUGUAGACGAUGGAGGACAGAAGUCGGAUGAUAUAGCAGAGUUGUUGUGUAAAUUCAAACUGCUCACAAUUUUUCUUGCA